CUUUUGCCAGGUAAAAAGGGAGAUAAUAUUUUCCAAAAUCUGGGAAAUGGUCCCCUUCCAUUCUCAAUAUAUGCAUCUACAAAUAUCAUGCACAGAAAAAGAUAUAGUGCCAUUUUUGUCCACAAGUAUGCCUAAUUAAUGUAUGAUCCCAGCUCUCCCAUUGGCUAUAGCUGACAACAGAAAUGUACCCAUGUACAGUCUUUCUGUGCAUGGUGCUGUUUGUAGAAUGGUAUCUGAAGAAUGGACAGUGAUUCCCCAAAUUUGGAAAAAAAAUAGUAUUUUGCACUGUAUUAAAAGAAGGAUGCAGGAACCUUCCCUGACAUUUAAACAUUUCAACUGCAGAGAAACAAAUAAAAGUGAGAAUUGUUGGUUUAAAUACAAAGCAGUAUAAUACAUAUAACAAUCCAAUGAAUCUAGUUGUCAUUAAGGGUAAUAAUGGUGCUUAUACAUUAAUACAUAUAAAUGAAAUAACUAUAGUUUGGAAAGUUUGCGUGAAAACAUAUAAUUUAAAAAAGACACUGCAUUCAUAUUACAUUUCCUGUGUUUAUAAGAUAUUUCAGAAGUAGUAAAUCAAAUGUUGUGGUGCAAUUGUUGAAGAAUCUUUUGAAUUACUUUAUAUGUGUCUUUUGUAACGACAAUCAGAGGUCCAAGAAAGUGAGAGAGAGAGAGGGGAAAUGUUAUCUGCUUUCAAAUAGUCUCCCAUGUCAGGAAGUGAAACGUAAUAGGUCCACAAGUGGAGAGUACACCAUAUCAGGGGCAGUCAGGGAAUACCAGUUUCCAGAAACAAGGUUCAGAUGUACUGCAUUAUACACCUAUGCAGGUUCACAUUCAGUCUCAGAUUGCUUGCUAACACUGAUCGCACAAGUCUUUAGCUUUUGAGAUUUGCUACUCUUUCUUUUACAUGGAUGUUAAAUUUACAUAUUUUCUUACAUAGAUAUAAAUAGACAACCAAUCAGAGAUGAAGAAAGACAGUCACAUUGAAACAGCACAGACUAUAAAUAAGGAACCCACGCUGUUGUUCAAUAGUGUUGUUGGUCCUUUUGAAGGAAGUAGAUUGCUGUUGGCAGCUUGUAGUAUGUUUUGAUAGUGUGUAGUUGUGCAAAACACCAAUAAAAGGGCAUUUAAGUCAAGGUGAUGUCACAAUAUGGGCAAUUGAACAAGCUGCUUAAGGAGCACAAUGAGUUUCGAGACGAUGCAGCAGCAUUUUAUAAUUCUAUCCAGAUCAUCAUUCGCAGUAAACUAGAUCACUGGAUUGAAAAGCAAAACUGGUCUGCUCUACUGAGCGCUGACUCCAGCCUCACAGACUCUGAAGUUAAGGUCAAGGCUAAAGACCUUUUGGAGGAGGCUAUCAGACAACUUCAAACAAUUGCCCACAGUUCCUCUGAAGACACUGAAACUCUGCUUUUUACGCAUGCUGAAUCUUCUCUAAGGAACGCAUACUGCUGUGAUCCUCUACAAUUUGUGAAAGACGUUGAUACAUGCCUUCGUAAGGAGCGUGACCUUUUAGCAAGGAUGUCUCAGCAGAUUCACCAUUUGAAUCAGGCAAGAACUCCAACAGCUCAGAUGCAAACUAAUCAUUCUGAAGACCAGCUGAAAAUUGCUUUUGAGCAUAUUAAGGAUGAAGCUGAGGGGGCUUUCAAGGCCCUAGAGUGGGCAGACCAGAUUUUGUCUAUGUGGAAGACAGACAUUGAAAAUCAGAGCUUGGUGGAGAGGGAUGUGUUGGGAACGGGGCAAGUCCUUCAGGCCCCUUAUGAAGCUUUUCAUAAACUGAAAACUGGUCUGAUGAAAAAACUGGAGAAUGCCAUCGGUAGAUUUUAUAAUGAGCUGCCAAAUCUUGAACCUUACAUUUUACGGUGGAAGAAUCAUCAGCUGUACCAGGAGCUAUGCAGGCGUCCAGAGCAAAAUGAUGAUGUCAGUGAUGUUGAACCCUUAUGUGUGACGGCAUUUACCAUCUUGAGCAGCUUGUUCCAAUGUGUGGUGGAUGCAAGAUUUCAAAAAGUAAAUUCUGUAAUGGAGCAUUUGCCUGGAUCCUUGCCUCGGCCAUCUGCACUCCUGAGCUUGGAGGUGAUGCUGAAACGCUGCAUGGAGAAGCUGAUUAAAAUGUGUUUGGUAGUCUUUGUUCAACCACCAAUCACAAUGAUAACAGAAAAGGAGAGAGUGGCUGGCAGAGAUAGGGACACCAGUGAAGUCAACUACAGCAAAAAGUUUAACACUUCUGUUGGACUACUCGGAGGCAGUAGCCUUGAAGGAGUUUUGGAGAUCGUAGAAGUGAACAUAAUCCUGAUGUUCAGAGAAGACAUUGCUGCACACUUAAAAGGCGAAACUAACAGAAACUCCUCAGUAUUCAACAUUCAUAACGAUAAAGUGGCAAACAGAAGAAGCACAGAUCGUAGGAAUUCUGACUGCGAGCAGAAAUGCUGCAUGAAGGUGUAUGAAGGGGUGCGUGUUGAGAACUUCAGCCGAAGGGAGCAGAAGAAUGUGUACAAGCAGAUCUGCCAUGCAAUAUAUGAUGUUGUGUUUGAGAGUUCACAGACUAGCUGGAGGUUUGAAGCAAGGACUUUGUCUUUGCCGAUCAUUGUUCGUACUGGUGCCAAUCAAGCUUCAGAACACAAGGGAGCACAACUGUGGUACGGGUUCAGUGCACACAAUGUGUAUGAUGUUCUGAAGCCAGUUGCCUCAGAGUUGUAUCUGGAUGAGGUUGUGCAAAUGAUGGAUGAACGGAUUCGUUUCAUAGGAGGCCGUGGUCUGAUGGAUUAUGAAAAGAAGUUUCUUCGUGAAAAAUUAGGAUGUGCUGCAAAAUCAGGAAAAUCAAGCAGAGAACCAAGAGACAAGAUCACCCUUGAUGCAUUUAUCAAGGAAAAGGUGCAGCUUGCAUCACAUCCUGGAGGGCCAGUCGACACAGUAACAUCCUUUUCUCUCUGGCGCUGGUUUCACUGUAUUGUUAACCUUCUUGAAGGAGAACUGAAGAAUCCAUGGAAGGAUGGUGUCAUCUUUGGGUUUGCAAGCCGAGAUCAGUGCGAUGAAGCUCUUGAAAAUAAGACGCCAGGAACUUGCCUGAUUCGAUUCUCAGAGAGCUGUGUUGAAGGCAAUCAUGAGAAUUCAAAGGGCCGAAUUGGUGUUGUUCUGAAGACUGCUGAAGGAGUACACUAUGCACCACCCAUCUCUUCUGAAAAAAUUCAGUCACCUGGGCUGUCAGUGAUGAUCCGAAACACUAUAGUAAAUGAAAGAAUACCUGAGAUACUUCUUCCAACUAUGUGUGCCAUUGAUGACCUGAGGAAAUAUGACCCUCCUCAAGAAAAUGAUGAACCAUCUGCUGGAAUCAUUCGUUAUUUGGACUUUUCAAUACAAGUUGUGGCAACAAAAAAUUGGGAGAACUGAGUAUUUCAAGCCCUCAACACUCUGUUGGGCCAGAUUCCCCUCAAGGCAGAAAAAUCCUGAAAGGGAAACGACCCAGAGGCAGUAAGACUACUACUGGGGGAGGUAAACAGAAAUGUCCACCAGGAAGUCCAGAGUCCCCGACAUCAUCUGUGGCGUCACCACCUAUUUCUUUUCCAUGCAGUCCUAUCUCUCAGUUUUGCCCCGUGGGAAUCGUUCAGAAUGUACCCAGUGCACAUAACGAAUCAAGUCAACUUUCAUUUACCAACAUCCCAGUCACUGUAAUGGAGAGUGAUGGCUUUAAUUUACAGAAUUUACAGUUGCUGGUCGAUAAUAAUGCAGAGACAAUGGAUGAAAGAGGAGACAGCCCUCUGGAUGAGGACAUAGCCAGUCUUUUUACACCCGAAAUGAUUUCAAGCCUUUUAGCCCAGAAUGCCUCUGCUUUAGAUGAUGCUUCAAGUGUGGAAUGAUCAUCUUUAUAUGCUUUUAAAAACUGAGUUUAUUGUGUUAGCAUUGUAAUAGUUAUUUUGAUAUCUUCACAAAUGCUACAACUUCUUUCAGAUUUAAAUGUAGCAAUUUAAGGAUGUAGGAUAAAGAUUCAGGUGACUUCUGGCAGCUACUGCCAGCCUUUUGUAAUCACUUAAAAAGUUCAGUCACAUUAUGGAGUUUAUUUAACAAGCAGGCCAGCAUGAAUAUACCUUAAGAAAGUUCUACCUUUAAUUAAAAUUCCAGGUCAUAAGCAUGACAAGAUCUUUGUUAGGACCACAGACUAUUUUUGAUGUCCUUGAAUACCAAAAGUACAAGAUUGGCCUAUGUUAAACAUGCACGCACACAAAAAAAUCAGAUACUGUUACCAACUGCCUGGGAAAAAGCAGCUUUGACCCAUGUUGAUGACAAUUGUAUGUGCACGUAAAGUAGAACCUGAACUUAAACUACUUCUGCACAUGGUCUCAAAGAAUGAAGUGUGACAGAUGGAAAGUAAAUUGUAUUUUCCCUGCAAGUUGUCAUUAAGUCACAUUUCUGAUUCCUUGCAUUGUUUUGUUGUUAAGGAUAAAUAUUGCUUUCACUACAUAUUACAUAAUAUGUUCUCAAGUAUCUGUUCUAUAGAUUGCUGUUCUUAACUUGUUGCCUAGUAGUGAUUACUGUUUUGUCAACGUGAUUACUAAAGGUCAUGUGUUGGCUGGCUGAAGUCGAUUACUGUACUAAACAAGUUAAUCUUGUUUUGUUUGCAUAACCAGUUAUUUGGCAAUUGUUUUGGUGUUCUCCGCUUUAUUUGCAAUAUGAGAGAAAUAGUUAUAUUGUUGUGCUCUCUGGCUCCUAGCGUUCUUGCACAAGUACACUAAACUUGUAUAUAUUGCAUCAUUCUUGUAUAUAUGUCACACUUGUAUCAUUGUAGGAUUCAAGAAGUGUUCACACUACAAACUGCUCACAUUAUUGCGGAAAUUAGUGAGAGAAAAAUUCAUCACAAUUCUCAUGGCUAAGAAGAACAUGUUUGUGAUUGUUUAUAUUCCUUUGACAAUCUUUUUGCUGUGCUUGAAAAUAUCCAUAUACAUGCAUCAAAUUGCAGCAUGGCAAAAGUAAUGUUAAAGAAUUUUUGACACCCAUAAAGAUACAAGACGUUUAAAACACUAAUCUGUGUCUGUUUCGGUAUCACUUUUCAUAACACCGAAAUUGUUUGAAAUUUAUAGAAAUAUACUGUAUAUGUGUCAUGAUUUUACUUAUGAUUUGAUAGAAUUUAUAUCUUAAACCAAAUAAAAAUAUGGAAGGGAUUACAAAUAGAAAGGAUCUACAAAUGGAAGUAAAAUCUUCUCGAUUUUAUCUCUCUUUACUGUGCUCUGGCACACAGGGCUUUAAAUCGUUAUUGUAUAAAAUUUACCUUUUAUUCUUAGUAUUUAGCAGUAGAACUAUAAAUGUUCUGGAAUUUCCUUUCUGGAUUAAUAAAGUUGUAUUGUUUUAAUGCAUUCUGCAUUUAAUUGAAAUGUUUACCGUCAAAAUAAUGUGUAGCUUUAAUAUGCUUUUUUUUAAUAGAUGUCAUGUGUAAAUAGUUUAAACUAUGAGGAUCCUAUAUAUUUGUGACAGUAAGCUGAGACUGCAUUUUUUUGUCUCUAUUAAAUCACUAGACCCGGGUUAUUUACUGCAGAAUUCUGCUAUUAUAUUAAUAUGGAGGUACUAAAGGUCACAGAGCAACUGUAGUCGCAAUCUGGUCCCAGUUAAUCAAUGAACUGUAGGAUUUCGUUGGGCUUUUUGUUAAAUUUGCCAAAGGUGUCAGUGUUUUCCCAGUUACCUCUUAAAAUCAUCAAAAACGUUUUUUUAACUGAAAUAUUUUUAAAUUGUGCUUGAUCUUCAUUAUGAUGAUUUACCAAGUUACAAGAUCAUGAUCCAAGUAAAUUGUCAAUUUUGCUAAACUUGCAGGUAGCAUAUCAUGCAGUAGAUAGUAAAGGAAUGAAUUAAGGGAAGCACUUUUAUUAAUCUUUAUGGCCGUAAAUUAUAUAUCCCAUUUAGUUAUUAAUGAUCCACUGUGUAUGACACCAUACUACCCUGAUCAAUGGCAACAGCAUUGACUAGGAGAUGAGAAUUUUAUGAUUGUAUGGUACAAUGGCUGCAAAAGCUAGAGGUCUGUUCUUUCUCAACUUCACUGCCACAACUUUAAAAUUAUUUAACUAUAUAGGAGCUGCUUACACUGUCUCAACAUUUGUUGUGUCAAGAUGAAGGAAAAUCCAAUUGCCAGAAUAAUAGUAUAUUCCAUCCAUCUUGUUUUGCAAUACAGCCUAUAUCUAUAUUGUUUAGAAAAUAUUUUACUAAUAUGUGAUUGUUUCUUUGUCUUUAUUGGUUAAGAUUUUCAGGGCAAAAAAAAAAAAAUUAUAUAAGAACUGAAUUGUUUUAUGACUUUUUUUUUAUUAAUAUUCCUGCACUUUUUUUUUUAAACCUUCACAGAGUAUGAAGUCAUUAUUGUUUGGAAAUGUUUGCUGGUUGAUGUAAACUAUUUCUUUCUUUAAAUAAAGAUUACAGAACUUUA